AUGUCUACAAACUACGCAAAGAACUAUACAGCAAGCUCCACGAGCUUGGUUUCUCGCCUGAGUUCUGCUCUCCUCAGUCUUGAUUUUCAAUGCUCCCAGGAUAACCCAUCCUUAUUCCUAUACAGGCAAGGUAAGGUCUCCAUAUUUAUUUUGGUUUAUGUUGAUGACAUCUUAAUCACUAGAUCCUCUCCUCAUGCUGUCCCAUGCAUCAUCUCCUCACUCUCGGAGACCUUUGCACUAAAGGACUUGGGUAAUCUACACUUGUUCUUGGGUAUAGAAGCUUACUCCACUUCCAUGGCUUCAUCAUGCAAAUUGUCUUCCCUCCAGGGUGUAGCUCUACUGGACCAAUCUAAAUAUAGAAGUAUUGUGGGUGCCCUCCAGUACAUGACCAUCACUCGACCAGAUAUAGCCUACUCGGUCAAUAAGGUUUGCAGAUUUCUUCAUGCUCCCACAGAUGCUCAUUGGGCUGCUGUCAAACGGAUUCUUKGUUAUUUAAAGGGCACGUUGGAUGUUGGUCUCCAUUUCACCAAAUCCAGUUCUCUUCAGCUUCAUGCGUUUAGUGAUGCAAAUUGGGCUGGAUGCCCUGAUGAUCGUAAAUCCACAGGUGGCUAUUGUGUAUAUUUUGGAAACGAUCUCAUUGCGUGGAGUGCCAAGAAACAAGCAAUAGUAGCUCGUUCUAGUACAGAGGCAGAAAUUCGAGCUCUUGCAGAUUCGGUGACAAAACUCAUAUGGAUCUAG